CUUUGAAACCCUUCUUCGUUCAGCGACCUUGUCGUUGUGCUCGCCGUCUUCCUCGCCAUCUUCCCCGUCGUUCGCAUAGCUUUCAAAAUGAAUCCGUCAUCCCGUCCAGCAUCUUCAUCGACACGUCCUGCAGUAUCCCCGAACUCUAGACCUCAAGUGAAUACCCACACAAAAGUCCUAGACACCACACACGGCCGUAUCCUCUGCAUCGCAGACAUCCGUGGUCGCCUUUCUGGCCUAAACGAUCUCGCGCGCGAGGCCAAUGCCAAAGCUAUCAUCCAUACAGGUGACUUUGGCUUUUUCGAAAGCAACAGCCUUGAACGCAUAAAUGACCGCACGCUGCGUCAUCUGACGAUGUAUUCGCCACUAAUACCAUCCACGCAGCGUACCCACUUCCUCGCACCUGAUAACACCGCCCAAGCAAUCCGCGCCACCGUCGAUAUUUCCCUCCUUUCUGAAUUCCCUCUUCUUCUCUCAGGUCAACUCAAGCUUUCUGUCCCUGUAUAUACUGUUUGGGGUGCUUGCGAGGACGUCGUCAUUCUCGAAAAAUUCCGUGGUGGCAUAUACAAUAUCGACAACCUCCACGUCCUCGAUGAGGCAACCACUCAUUGUCUUGAUGUCGGAGGCGUCAAACUGAGGCUUCUCGGUCUGGGUGGUGCACUCGUUCCCCACAAAAUGUUUGAUAAUGGCGAUGGUAGCGCAACAAUCGCUGGUGGCCAGGGUACCAUGUGGACAACCGCACUCCAGAUCGGUGAGCUCGUCGAUACUGCCCAGCGCGUCUUCGAUCCCACCGAGACGCGUCUCCUUGUCACGCACGCAAGCCCCGGACGCGAAGGCAUAAUGGCACAACUUGCACUCGUUCUUAAGGCUGAUCUCUCUAUCAGCGCAGGGCUUCACUUCCGUUAUGCUUCCAGUUAUAAUGAGUUCAGUGUGCAAAGCGAUCUAGAAGGCUUCCGCCACAAGCUCAUCGCUGGAAAGGAAUCCUUUGAUAAGGUUUGGGACAGUGUGAAACAGCAGGUAGAAACUGUUAUCGAUGAGCACCAGCGAGUCCUGCUUGACAAGGCCCUGAGUGUCGUUGAGAGGGUGCCAAAUGUACAGGGUCCGGAAGAGCCCUCUUGGAAGAACUGUUGGAAUUGGAAUCUAUGUGACGCCGCAUUUGGUUCGCUUGUGUUGGAUGUCAAGGAUGGCAGAAUCAGUGCCGAGUUGAGGAGCCAGGGUUUCAAUUAUGCGUACCGUCGUACCGCAGCGCCCAAUAAUGUUGCGCCCACUCCCAAUUCAACGACGUCCUCACUACCCAAUGCUACUUCGAAUCCGCCCACUAAGGGUUCAACUCCCGUUCAGGCCGAAAAACCUCUCUCACCGCAUCAAAAAGAGGUCAGGUCUCCUCUGGCACCUGUAACGUCUGGCAAGGAGACACCCAAAGAGCCAUCUCCGUCCACGCCUGCUCCUAAGUCUAACGGGAGCGGAACACCUGCACCGUCAUCAGACAAGGCCGAAAAAGAGAAGCAGAAACGGAAAGAAAAGAAAGAACGCAAGGAUCGUGAGCGUGCGGAAGCGAAGGAGAAGGAGGCUUCUACAUCCGAAGAGAAGACUGAUCCUGCUGUGAACACACCUGCUCCAGCUCCGGCGUCUGCCUCUGCUCCGACUCCGGUGUCUGCAUCACCUGCACCGGCAUCGGAGCCAAAAUCAGGCAAAGCCACGCCUGAAGUUCCCAUCGCUGAUGUACGUGAAGGGAUGAAGUCGCCAACAACGGACAGCACGGGCGCGAGGACACCGACAAGCAAGCGGCCACCGAGACAUCCUUGGACAUUAUUCGUCAAACUCCCUCAAGAGUCAACGGAAGCAGAUGUCAGGACAUUGUUUGGUGGUGAUACAGGUGGAGUAACAAAGGUGACGUUCGUUAUGAACAAGGGGUCCCCGCUUCAACGUGCUAGACCCUUUGUUUAUGUUGAGUUCGGCGACGAUGAGAGCAUGAAGGCAGGAUUGAACAAGAAUGACGAGAAAAUGGGCGAGGGUACGGUUAGCGUGCAAAUAGCGACAGAACGCGAAGAGCGCAAUGAUAGAGCGGGUGGCCGUGGUGGUCCUAGAGGACGUGGUGGACGUGGCGGACGUGGUGGAUUCGCCGCACGGGGUUUUGCCGCAGCCGGGCUCACCCAACGUGGCACGCCUCGUACGAACGGCGAGGCACGCGAGAGUGCUGCUGCAUGAUUGACUCACGGAGUGAUUUGAUACGACCCUUUGACGACAUCAUAGCUUCUUACUUUUCCAUGAUUUUCAAUGCCAUGUCGUGUUCGCCUGUUUCUUUAUUUAGUCUUUUCACCCAUUUUUGUGGAACAUGCUGUUUUUCAUAUGAUCGUUGAGGGUACACUGGUAUAAUUAUCGUUGUGCUCGUCAAAUCAUGUCCCUUUAUGCACAUUGUGCGACCACCAGCC